GAAAAUCUUGUAACGUCAUGAGGAAGUCAGUCAUAGUGACCAGUCUGAUUGUGGCGGUGUCUCUGUUUUUGUUGGUGAUCAAUUACUCAGAGAAACCCUACUUCCUGCUGCAGCCUGUAUUCGGCCAGAGCUUCAGUAGAAACUGGAUGUUCUCUCGCCCGCCACACAAAGCCUUCAAACCCCACCACGGCUACCUCAGUGUCCCCGACCAGGAGCCGUUGAAGCUGCAUUGCGAGGUUUGCAGUAUAGUGUCCAGCUCUGGCCAGAUGCUGGGGCGUGAGGCAGGAGCUGAGAUCGACCAGUCCUCCUGUAUCUGGAGAAUGAACAAUGCACCCACCCGCGGCUUUGAGAGGGACGUGGGCCGCAGGACAGACCUGAGAGUGGUGUCUCACACUAGUGUUCCUCUGCUAAUUCAAAAGCCCCAGCACUUCUUUGGCCAGGGGAAUGAGACAGUCUAUGUGGUGUGGGGACCCUUGCGCAACAUGAGGCAGGAUGGCAAGGGCAUUGUGUACAACAUGCUGCGGCAAGCGGUGGAAAACUACCCACAUGCACGCAUCUACGUCACCACAGAGGACCGCAUGAAUUACUGCGACACUGUUUUCAAGAAGGAAACGGGCAAAGACAGGUGUAACAGCCAUCAUCUGCCUAUAGACUCGUCACUAAUUGGAGAGUAUGCCAAAGGCAUUUUCUACCACUCUUCUUGCCCAGGACAAUUACAUGAAACAGAUAAUGUGCAUCAACUAAUGCCAGAAGGACAAUAGAGUGUGUGCCCUUAUAUUUGAAAUAUAAUGAUCCAGAGUUUGGUGGAGCUUGUAACACCACAUGUUUGCCAUCAAUAGCUCCAUUACAGUUUGGAAAGUUCCACCUCUCCUGAAACUCUUUAGCGAUUUCCACCCAAUCUUGCAUUUCUGGCACUGGCAUAUAUUCAUUCACCAACACAUCCCAGAUGACCUUGGUGACCUCAUCCACAAUUGUUGCUACGGUUGACGUUCCCACUCUGUAGCUGAAAGCUAUACUCACAAAUGAUUCUCCAGUUGCCAGAAACCUGUAUUGAAAAACAACAACAACACAAUAUUGAGUAUCAUGCAACUAAUUCAUGUAAAAUAAGAUAUUGUAAAUUAACAUCAUGUACAUUAACAUCAUGAUAUUCUGUAAAACUGCUUUGAAACAAUGCGUAUUGUGUAAAGGACUAUACAAAUAAAUCUGACAUUAUGUAUUCAUGUAUAAUUCUCAAUCAUUCUUAAUUGUUUCAGUGUAUUAACUAUUUUUCUGUUUUUGUUUUUAAAUUGUUCUUCUCUGGUUAGUUGAAGAAAAUUGAAAAAUCUCAGGAUAAAUGUAUAAAAGAGAGUAGAGCUGUGAACGAGAAAAAGAGUGGGUCAGAAGCAGACAGCCAGAAAGUAUGGAAAAACUUUCACAUCAUGGCAUUCCUUGAGCCCCAUGUGAGAGAGAGGCCUACAAGCAGUAACAUGGUGGUAAAUGAAGAAGAACAGGAAAUUAUUCUCACACUUGAGCCAGUCACAGUGCAGAUAGAGCAGGAAGUGAGUGAUAUAAGUACAACAGGAGAGGAUUCACUUGCUGAGAAUGAAAACGAGCAAAAUGCUCACAAAUGCCUAAGUAAAGUUCAUCUAUUCCUCAGGUACCAAUGAGAAGGCGAAGACAGCAGGAACUUUAUUUUGAGUCACGUGUACUUGAAAAGUUGGAUGAAAUCUCCAAGCAGCUUAAAGACUGUGGUGAUGAGGAUGAACUCUUCCUCAUGAGUCUUGUACCAGCUUUUAAGAGACUGAGCGAGAUACAAAAAUCUACAGCCCGCAUAGAAAUUAUGGGGGUCCUGCAUGACAUUCAGUUUAAAGAGAAGUAACUCUAAAAACAGAUAUACAGUAGUAUGUUUUCAGACACUGUUAGUAGUUUUGGGUUAGCUCUUUUGUCUAACCUAAUGUUCUCAUUUACAGAACAGGAAUAUAUAUAUAUAUAGCACACAAACUCAUUUUGAUUAUUAAGAACAUUUAAAAAAUAUUUUAACAUGUAUUUGUAUUAUUUUUCACACAACUUACUAAUAAAAUUGUAUUUUGAAGAGUUGUCAAACUAUAACAUAUGUAAUGAAGUUAUUGCAUUUACCUGAGACAGAUGGAAAGCCGCUCCUUUGAGCUGAUGGGUUUCCUCAUGUUUGUUUCUGUCUUUGUGAUCCUUGUUGCCGCCUUCUCAUGAAGUAGUUCAAAAAGUUCAGGGGUAAGACCUGAGAGGGUCAAAGUAACGUUCUUGAACCAAAUGAUGAUAGUCUCCCUGCUCUUUUUGUUUAAGGAGUAGUUCAUGUACCCAUUUUGUCCUCCUUUUUUUCCCUUUUGUGCAUGAGCACAACAAUAAGAAGUUGUUUUGCAUUUCCAGCAAAGCCCUGCGCCUGGAAUGCAUUGUUUAGGCUCAAUUAAUAUUUUAAAUUUUCCUUUAAAAUUAUAUUUCCCUCAAAUAUUAGCAAAAUCGUGAUCUCACAGGUGAUGCUCCUAAGGUAAUUCUUCUAAAACAACUCCACUUGUGCCAAACGAAAAACAAUAAUAAUAAUGACAAUAAUUAAUGACAGGAUGACACAAACACAAAUUUCCGUUACGUUUUAUUUAGAUUUUAGGAAAUACAAUUGUAAAUAUGGCAACGUACGCCCCCAGACUGUGUCGUGAACACCGCCUCCACUGCACAAAACGCUUCCACUACAAGAGAAGGCGGCAGCCGCAAGGCAAUUCCACCGCUUGCCACGUCCCGUGUGAAAGGGCCUGUAGGAUGCCCACCAUGUUGACAAGUCGAGUCAAAGCUGUAUGUAGGGUAGAGGUUGCUAGUGCAGUAAUAUGCGAUGCUCAUGACGAUCUGGUGUCUUAAGUGCCAUUAGGUCUCACUCCCUGUUUAUGCCAUCAGUUAGUGUGCUCAUCAGUUAAGCUUGUUUCUCUAUACUUAGUAUAACCUGUCAAGGAACACUAGAUUCAUAGGACUUACCAGCUGUAUGCUGAUGGGGUCCAUGAUGAAGCUUUCCUGUGUGUUCUGGCAGGACUGCGAGGACAGUAACUUUGUUUUAAGAGCUGCAAUCUUUUAUAUAAGUCUUUGGCAGUUUGUGCAGAAAGUAGUUUCUGAACCAGAUGGAGGUAUUUCGUCUGAAUAUAGACAGCUGUGUUAUGUUGUCUCAGGAAAGAGGCCCAUACAGAAGUGUAAUAUGUGAAAUACAUUUUUCAAGCUUAAGAAACUGGAUGAAAUAUUCAGAAAGAUAUCAGACCACAACUCUGACUAGUGAUGCAGCCUGGAUUUAAACCGCACCAUGUUGGUUUGCCUGGCCAGAGGAGAACUAGACCCCUGACUGAGCCUGGUUUCUCUCAAGGUUUUUCUCCAUUUCUGUCACCGAUGGUGUUUGUGUUACUUGCAACUGACGCCUUUUGGCUUGCUUAGUCAGGGGCACCUAAUAUUUGACAGUAUUAUUGACUUGAUUGCACUGACACUAUUGGAUGAGAACUGAACUGAGCUAGAUGAUGGCAUCACUGUUCUGAGCUACUUUAUAGAUGAUGAAUUAAUCUAUAAUUGAACUCAUUCCAUAAUUGACCCUUCGCAGACACCCCCCACACACACACCUCUUAGUUACUGUUGCUACAAGCCAUGGUGCUCUAAACAUACGUAGAUACUGCAUGUAUAGUUAAAUGCCCUAUUAGCGGCUGUUUUUAUGGGCUGCUAUACUUAAGCCGUCCGUUUAAAAAGUGCAAAUCUGCACAGGUUUAAAAACCUGUAAUAUUGAGUUCAAUUAAUAUUAAAAACACAAACCAACAGAUUCUUAGCUGUGAAAGGUUAUCCAGUUUCUCCUGGAGUUUAAAUUUAGGCUUUUUUUAACAACCAAAUACUGCACACUGUUGUUGCAUCUUGAAACUCGUUGAUUGUUAUUGUGAGUGACGACAUAGACCGUUCCAAGGUGGCGGACACAUCAACAUAUCUGGGGUCUCAUUUCUAAAAUGUUGCACAGAAACCAUUCUAAAUUUGAUCUUACGAUCAUCUCUCAAAUAUGCGUACGCCUCUCUUUAAGAUGUGAAAUCUAUGAAUCACAAAUGAUCUUGAACUUACACUCAACUGUAAGGUUUCAGCUUUCUGCCUUGUAAAUAACAGUGGGAUUUGGCGUGCAAUAGAAAUGGAGUCAACACAUGAAGUUGAGAGGAAAAUUAAAGCGGCUGUUUACAUUACAAAAGCAAAGCAAGGCAAGUCAGACAUCUGGAAACAAUUCUCAAUUGUCACGGAAAAAAAUGGGAAAGAAUUAAACUUCGUAAGCCAAUAGUUUUGUUUUAACGAUUAAUAUUUUAUAAUGGUAAUAAAAAAUACCCAAUGUUUUUGUCACGUGUGGUGCUUUGGUUUAGCAUUACUACAUCUUAUUUAAACGCAAUCAUGUUUAAAGCCUGUUAUUCUGGAUGUUAACUCAUUUAGUUUGAGUAUUUGUGUACAUUUUUCACAAGCUCUGAGAGAAAGUCCACUGUAGCGGGCGGUAGUGGACACAAACAUUGCGGGCGGGAGUGGAACACACAGGUUGCGGGAGCGGGCGGUCAGUGUGAUAGUGUGUCCACACAGUAGCUAAACAUAAAGCAAUGUAGACACUUACAGUCUACAGUCAAAGAAACCUUCAUGUUUGACUCAUCCCAUUUUAAAUGUUAAUGACUGAACUCUCUAUUUUAUACCAUCAUUUAACAGGCGGGUUUAAAUGUAGCAUUUAAUUGCCUUGACAGUCUCUUAUGGUUCUCAUCAACAGUUGUCGAGUAGUCACAAUUCUGCCUCGGGAAAGCGUUAGUCGCCGUCCUCUCAAUGCCUAAUUGAAUCAGACCCUUUCAACCACUACAUUAAUGAGUGCACCUGCACAUCAUGCAAUAUAAUGUGACAGUAUAAUGUCAUUAGAGAUAAUUAGAUCUGCUGACUGUUUUGUUGGAAAUAAUCAGACUAAAGUGUGUUCAAACACACUGAGUGGACUUUAAAUGUAGCCCCGAUGAACAAGGUGCCAAGAUGCGGCUCUAAAAUACAAAGGCAUAUCUGAAACACUAGACGCCAUGUUGUCACAGUCCAUUCUGCUCUUUAAUUAACUAACAGUCUCAGUUCUUAAUGACUCAAAGUUUACUUUGUAGUAGUUUAAUUGGAACUGAAAGCUUGGAGGGAUUUAAAAAAAUGUACCUAAUAAUACCCCAAUCCUCAGGAUUUGCUUGACUUAUUUACUUAUGGAGGAUGGGAAUAAAAUGCAGCUGGGCUUGGUAGCAGUCAGAAUUGUGCUGCAGGCUUCAUUCUUUGUAUGUCGCUUAAUAGCCUACAUCUGAGAUAACAAGCCGUAUACCAUCAUUCUAAUCAUGGUAAUUCCUCUCUGUUUAAUUUGAUUCAAAAAGCUUGUGUGGAUAUGAUUAGUAAAUCUGGAUUGAGUUUUUUGAGAUGACUGCAUCCUAUGUUCUUUGGAAAGGGCACAUGUAUUGUUACUUAGCAAAACAGUGAUUCAUAAACAAUAAAAGAGAAAUGGGAUUACAUUAUAUAUAUAUAUAUAUAUAUAUAUAUAUAUAUAGUGCUGUCAAAUGAUUAAUCGUGGUUAAUAUAUAAUAUUAAUUAAUUGAUACCGGUGCAUCUCAAUUUAUAAUUUUUUUGAUUGAUCUUAGGAUAUAUUCUAAUAUUUUGAGAUACUGGAUUUUGACUUUCAUGAGUGGUAAGCUCUAAUCAUCAAAAUUAAAACAAACAAACAAAAAAACUUUUGAAAUGUUUUACUUUACAUGCAAUGAAUCAAGAAUAUGAAAUUUUUACUUUUUGAAAUAAGUUAAAGAAUUUUUUUACUUUUUCACGAUAUAAAUAUAUAUGUAUAUAAAACAGUGCAUGUAAUAUACAUACACACACAUAUACAGUAUAUACACAACCCGAAUUCAGAAAUGUUGGGACGUUUUUAAAUUUGAAAAAAAAAAAAAACUAAAAGAUUUUCAAAAAUCACAUGAAUAUUUAUUCACAAUAGAACAGAUAAUAUAACAAAUGUUUAAACUGAUAAAUUUUUACAAUUUUAUGCAUAAAAUGAGCUCAUUUCAAAUUUGAUGCCUGCUACAGGUCUCAAAAUAGUUGGGACGGGGGCAUGUUUACCAUGGUGUAGCAUCUCCUCUUCUUUUUUGAAGAUGUCUGGGCAUCGAUUCAGCAUUGAAUAACAUAAAUAAAUUAUAUUUUAUUAAAAUAGUAUAAAAGUAUAUUAAAAUAGAACAAUUUUUUUAAAUUGUAAUAAUAUUUCACAAUAUUAGGCUACAGUUAUUUUCUGUAUUUUUGAUCAAAUAAAUGCAGGCUUGAUAAGCAUAAGACACUUUCAUAAUGCUGCAUAAUUAUCAAAAAAUGGUAAUAUAAUAAAGUCCUUUCACGUCACCAUUUCCCCUGCCUACACUUCACAUAACAGGCCUGUAGGUGGCACUUGGGCUUAAAUAACUAUGAUAAUUUCGUCAAAUAUAGUAAAUAGUGUAUAUCAUACAUAAAUAGGCUAUAAGUGAAUUGAAUAGCCUGCUGAUUACCAUUAUUGCAACUUUUGGUGCUGCACAUCUUCCCAGCAAUGUAAUUUGAUUUAUAAAAUGAGACAAACUGCAGAUCCAGAUCGCUCCACAAAUAAGCUCAUCUGUCCCAUGUAGGCUAGUUUUCAACUGAUUUAUAAAUAAGAACGGAAAAUAACCACUCCACUUCAAAUUAUUGUCCAAUGAAAUUUGAACUUCUUGUGACAGAUCAUGAUUGGUUGGUGUAUAAUACAUGACUAACGGGCACUGAUGAAUUAUGCAAUAUUCUAAAAAUAUGGAUUUUUAAUUAAAUCGACACAAGACUUUGGCGGCUGGUCUCGUUUUGCUCUCGCGGUACUUUGAUGGCACGUGAUCGUAUGACGGCUGCAGCGCCGAUCAAAGUCGGACAAAUGUUCUAACCAGAAUGCAUUGCUUUUGUCAGGCAGCAGCCAAUCUUUGCGGCGCCGCAUGAACAAGCCAAAUGACAACAUGAGGGCUAUAAAUACCAAACAAUAAGGGUCACAUGACACAAACCAACCAAUGGGAAACAAGGCAAAUGACUAAAGCAACCAAUCAGAACAUGACACACACACUAGGCAGGAAUACAUAAGGAUCAAAGGGAAUCACAUGACUAGACAGGAACUAUGACCACGACAAAAUAAGAGACAUGAAAACAAUGAAAAUGAAACAAAACCCCAAAACAGACAUAACAAUAACAAUCUACCUCUAAAUUAUAGGGAGCACUUUUACAUUACUAUAAGGUUACAAUUAACAACAGAGCCCAAAAUUCAAUUACUAUUUAUUUUUUAACUAUAAUAACACUCAAAUUAAAAAUUUGUAUGCAAACAUGUAAGCUUUUUAAUUAACUUCUAAAUUGUACAAUUUCUAUUUGUUGUUGAAAUGUAAUCAUUUACACAGUGGCUGUCAUAAAUUGUUUCAUAAAAAAAUAUUUAAAAAUACAUUAAAUAAUCAAGACAUAGCUAACUGGUGAAGUAAAAUAUAAUGAAGUAUAUAGUUUAAUACUUCUCAAAAUGCUCUUCUCUAGACUUCAUUUCUCUAGCAAAUAACAAUCUGGAGACACUGAUGACUUGCCUGAGGUAAAUGAAAUGCUACGUGACAUUUUGUUGUUUUGUUGGGGUUGUUUUUUUUUUAUGUCUUUCUGCAAUUGAAACACUGAUUGAGCGAUUACAUGAGAUGUUCAUUCAUGUUUAUUUCAAGUUAAAACUAGUAGUAAAAAGGAAGGGAUGAUCAUGCUCACUCGCACUCAGUCGUGCCACAUCAGAGAGCGCCGAAACUGCAUGUAUUGUCUGAAUUUCCUGAAAAAACUGAAUGACUUGUUCAGUACACAUGUGUACCGAACCGAAAGACCCGAAAAUUUGCGGUUUGCUGAUUACAAGUUAAUAUAUUUAAUUAUGUUAUUUAAUAAUGUUAAUUAAUAUUAUUUGAUUAAUUGUCGCUAUUUGUUUGACUGUUUUUUUUUAGCAUCUUGUGCCAUGAGCAUUGCUUUUUUAAAACAUGUUAAAGUGGUCAUAUGGUGCUAUUUUAAAGAUCAUUAUUUUGUUUAUUUGGUGUAACAGAAUAUGUUGACAUGCUUUAAUGUUCAAAAAACACGUUAUUUUUCAAAUACUGUACAUUAUUGUAGUUCCUCUAUGCCCCGCCUCUCUCAAACGUCGUUUUCUACAAAGCCCCUCCUUCCGACAAGCGCAGUCUGCUCUGAUUGGCCAGCUGACACAGUGCAUUGUGAUUGGCCGAACGCCACAAGAGCACGUCACGUUGGAAAUGUAACGUCAAUAUCAAAUACUUAAUACUGAUUCAGAAGUGCCAGAUUGUCAUAGCAAAGUCAGAAUUGACCCUUUUUUGUGCACAGCCAGCCUUCCUAGGUUCACGAAACUGUCGUCCAUAAAAUGCGUUGCACAAAUUCGAACAUCUGGGUUGUUCUGUUCUGUUGUAAGUAAUUUUAAUGAUUCCUAACUGCAUCUACUUUCGGAGGGUCAAAUAAAGUGCUUUUGCUUUCGCAUAGAAACACACAGUAUCUCCCUAACACGGCUGCAUCCAAGCUACUGCGGUUACUGAAACCACGUCAUCUUUCUUUGCGUGAACAUUUGGGCGGCAUUAUGCAAAUGUUACCACAUUGUGACGUAGUGGGGGGCGUGUUUUAAUGAGGCGUUUUAGCCCGGUCUGGAUCAGCCUUAUCUUUUAGAUAGAAUAAAUCCUUUUGUGGGAGACUUUGAGCUUUGUAACUCUGCAGAUCUUAUACAUGCACAAACAGCUACAUACCACACUAAAGAAAAGGAAAAAUAGAAAUCGCAUCGUAUGACCCCUUUAAGUUAAAAAUACAGUACGUCAACUAAAUUGUCUUGGGUUCUGGUUCAUUCCAUUGUGCUAGCUUCUUUGCACUUGGUAGCAUGUGUAUGUGUAGCAUGUGGUAGGUACUGUACUGCACCAUCCAUUCAGACGGCCAUUCAGAACUGUGUAUUGUGACAAAAUGUAUUUGUUUAUGUCAUUUUCCUUCAGCUCUAAUAUAGACCUCUUUCGGUAAACCCGAAACCUGUCUACAGUCAUACAGGGCUACCUUAGUAUUGAGAAUUUGAGUAGUAAAAUAUGUAGUUUUAUAUAACCAUAUUAAAAGAGUUUCCACUGAUCCACUGAUGUGUGAAAAUUAAUUUUCUGUAUUUUAUUUAAAUGUAUAGGAAAGGCUUUGUGUGAAUGUGCCGCACUGCACCUUGGUUUAAAAAUACCUUCAAAAGUCUGAAAUCUACCAUGUCAACAGCAUUGACCCCUAUUUCAACUCUAAUCCCUUAUUUCAUACUGGAGGCACAAAGGUAUUUGUUUUGAUUAGUUCUUCAGUUUACUGUUUUCAUUCUGAAUGCUCGCUGAGGAUUUCUAAGAUGUGCUUAUCUUUUCAUUUAUUUGUUAUUUUGCUCGGCUGCACAAAGUCGCUCUGCAUAAUUUUUAUAAAUAUAUUAUGUAUUGACUCCCCUAGCACCUAUCUGACAUAUUACCACAUGCUUAUGGUAUUAGGAAAUCCAUUUCCUCUUUUUUAGCAGCCACUGUAAUUUCAGCUCUUUGUAGAAUUUGGCUGAAUGUCAGCAAAAUAGCAGAAAUGACCUCCCAUUAUCCAGAGAGUGCUUCCUGAGGCACCGCCGUUUGUGUAUUCUUGGGAAAGUUCUGUUGAAUCAACCGUGUGUCGGGAUGGAUGGCUUUAUAGUCCAUGAAUUCAAGCGCUGCCGGAAAACUGUAUGAAUAGGGUGAGGGAAUAAAAGUCCUAAUGCAUGCAAAAGGCCUCAUCAUUCAUCGGCUAUUAUCACAGAUCCUGGAGCCUUUGAAAGAGACAUUACCCAGAUGGGAUGUGAGCAGAAUUCAAAUAUUGAAAUUGUUCAUUAUUUUGCUCACUCAUAUUCCUCCCUGCAGCAAAUGCAGCUACGCCCAGAUUAGAUUUGUAGUUCAACAAAGUCAAUUUAGCCCUUGAAGAUUGAUUUUAGAUCUAAAAACGUCAAUUCUGACUGUCUCCGUAAAGUUAUUUUUUUUGUUUUGAUGUGUAAAUGAUAGGAGGAAGACAUUUAGCUCACGUUGAACACAUACAGAACAGAAGCUUGCAGUGUGACAGAUUCCGUCUAAAACUGUUUUAAACUGCAUUUUACUUAUUUUAUACCACAUUUAACACAUGCAAUUUUAACUGUAAUGCAUCAGCUACUCGCAAGUAAAAAAAAAACUUGUGUAAUUUUUUGUUGCUUAUUGAAGAAGGAAUUAGAGUGAGAUGAAACAGAAUAGCAAUGCGAUUAUGUAUCUUUUGCCAGAUGUUGCGUUAAAUAACAAUAAGUCACACACCCUGUAAGAUACACGAGUUACUCAAUAAAUUCAUAAAAACACAUAUCAUGAGAUUAUAAUGCAAAUCGUUAAUCAAUUUUUCAUCUUUUUACUAUAUUAAACUGUAAAUUAAGAUAAGUGGAUUAUUAUUUGAGCCUAUUUCAGGUUAUUGAAUAAUAAUAAGGAAGGAUCUUUGACAUGUAUUGAUCUUAGCAUGCCUUAAUGCAAAAAUCUGCACAUAAAUGAAAUUAAUCUGCUUAACUUCGCAAUAAAUCACAUCCAGAAAUAUUUCUCCCUACUUUGAAUGCACAAGCUAUCCUCAGAUGAGCCGAAACUGACAUUAAAGACAUUAGAUCUAUUUCCAACCAUGAAAGAUGGUAAAAUCGAGCAAUGCUGUUUCUCUGAGCUGAUAGAGAUCAGAGCAUAAGGCUUUAGCUUGUCAUAGAUUAAUGAAUAUUUCUACAGAUGAAAUCUGUUCAGUAAGCAGUCCAAAGUGGAAAGAGUGAGUUGCGUGAUAAAUUAGUUAAUGCACUGACUCGUCAUAUAAAACAUUUUGAAAUUCUCCUUGUACAGAAACUCAGUCAAGACUGUGAAUGUACUAAUAUUUGAGGUCACCUUAUUCUUGCAUAUAUUUCUUUUGAGGCUGUUCAUUCACUGCUGAGACUGAGCUAUUAUGAGUCAUAAAGAGUUCUAGCUACUGAAACUUUAUGGAGCACUAUUUACAGAAUGCACAAACAAAACUUAUGUCUGCCUAGGUUUCCUUUGAGAAUUUGGUGAGGGUUCAAAACAUCCAGGAAUAUGCCAUUGCAUGAAGCAUGGUGUUUUGAUCAGUGUAUCUCUUGCAUGAAAGCAUCCCUUUAUGGCUAACUUAACUGUUUUUGCAAAGUGGGCCGAGACUCAAGCGGCUGCAUAUGUGCCAUUGCCUCAAAAUGACAGAGGCCUGACCUAUGAAUAUUAAUUAAGUUAUCUUAAUAUUUAGAUUGUAUUGUUUAGAUAUCAGGUCUGUAGUAAUGUUUGCUCAUGUCAAAACUGCAAUGUAAACAAUAUAUGAAUACCAUUACAGUUAUUAAAAGGAUAGUUCUUCUAGUUUCUUUCUUCUGCUGAACACAAAAGAAGAUCUUAUUUGAACAUCUUAUUUGAUCCAUUUUGUAGGCAAGCAUAUAGAUGCAUGGGUUAUAGAGCACGACUGGUUGGACAAGCGGUAUACAGUAUAUGUGUUUCAGGGUUUUAACCUACCUUGAUAUAAGUUUUUGUUUUAAUAAAUCAAAAUUGUAGCUCUACAUCACAACAUGUAUUCUUGAUUUCACUUUAAAGCAAUAGAGAAGCAGGGCGCAUGUCUGAGAGCUGUGCACGGCAGAGAACACUGCCGCUUUCCGUCACGGAUGACAACCGCAACGACCACUCAGCAAAAUGUAAACUCAACAAAUUCCAUGGCCAGAUUGCCUCUCAAAACACACACUGACAAAAUGAAACUCCUGCUAAGCAAUUGGAGAUGCUUCCUUUGAUGAUGUAUUCAGUCGGCCAUGGC